GAGAGAGAGACGGGAAAAGGAGAGGGAGCCGGAAUGCAACAGGCUGAGCUGUAUCGUCGCCACGAGAGAGACUUCUGACUGACAAACACAACUACUACGCCGCCUCUCAGCUCAUUUCUCCACUGACUUACCCUCUCUAACCGCCAGACUGUGUGCUGAGUUAUCAACUUACCAGGUUUGAGUCUGGACCUGGUCAGGUCUUGGUCACGUGGUUCCUUCUCUCUUCCCAACUCUUCCUCCCUCCUCAGCAUCCCUCUCACCUCUCUGCAGCCAGACAGCAGAGAAGCCAGCAGCUGAGAGGGGCUGAAUGGCACCAGCCCAUUUCAAACUCACCAUAGGCCCCUGACGAAGACAACACAGGAGGAGGAAACAACAAGACAGAGUCAGACAGAGACGAUUCACCUGAACCACUAGCUGCAGUUUUCACAAUGGCAACCAACAGGGAGCACCAACUGCGUCACAUGACUGGCUUCCCCCGUGCUAUGUACCCGUUCACCUUUAACUCCAUGCGGAGCCACUCCCCCUUUGACUUACUGGCCAGUAGCCACCUCUUUGGACGGUUUGGGGCUGACCUUCCCAAAGAGAUGGCUGCAUUGUCGGUGGAGACCCAGAGCACCAGCUCAGAGGAGAUGGUGCCCAGCUCUCCUUCCCCUCCUCCUCCUCCUCGUGUCUACAAGCCGUGCUUUGUGUGCCAGGACAAAUCAUCUGGUUAUCACUAUGGAGUGAGCUCCUGUGAGGGCUGCAAGGGUUUCUUUCGGCGCAGUAUUCAAAAGAACAUGGUGUAUACCUGCCACCGAGACAAGAACUGUCAGAUAAACAAAGUGACUCGCAACCGCUGCCAGUACUGUCGACUGCAGAAGUGCUUUGAGGUUGGCAUGUCCAAAGAAGCGGUGCGUAAUGACAGGAACAAAAAGAAGAAGGAUGUGAAGGAGGAGGUGGUGCUGCCAGAGAACUAUGAGCUGAGUGGAGAACUGGAGGAGCUGGUUAAAAAAGUCAGCAAAGCUCACCAAGAGACCUUUCCAUCUCUGUGCCAACUAGGAAAAUACACCACAAAUUCAAGUGCUGACCACAGAGUACAGCUGGACUUGGGCCUUUGGGAUAAGUUCAGUGAGCUGUCCACUAAGUGCAUUAUAAAGAUUGUGGAGUUUGCCAAGCGGCUACCAGGCUUCACUACGCUCACCAUCGCUGACCAGAUCACCCUCCUCAAAUCUGCAUGUCUGGACAUCCUGAUGCUGAGGAUAUGCACUCGUUACACCCCAGAACAGGACACAAUGACCUUCUCAGAUGGCCUGACUCUCAACAGGACCCAGAUGCAUAACGCUGGCUUCGGCCCACUCACAGACUUGGUGUUUGCCUUUGCUGGUCAGCUGCUGCCUUUGGAGAUGGACGACACGGAGACAGGCCUACUCAGUGCAAUCUGCCUCAUCUGCGGGGACCGUAUGGAUCUGGAGGAGCCACAGAAAGUAGACAAGCUGCAGGAGCCCCUGCUAGAGGCUCUGAAGAUCUACACCCGCCGCAGACGCCCGAACAAGCCUCACAUGUUUCCCCGCAUGCUGAUGAAAGUCACAGACCUCCGAGGAAUCAGCACCAAAGGUGCAGAAAGAGCCAUCACACUGAAGACGGAGAUCCCGGGCCCCAUGCCUCCACUGAUCAGGGAGAUGCUUGAGAAUCCAGAGGCCUUCGAGGACAGCAGUGACUCGGGGGACAGCGCUGCAGCCGCUCCCCCCGCCAUUCAAGCCAUCAAACAAGAGGAGAAGGCCACAUAUGAGUCGACCGUUGAGGAGGAAGAGGAGGAGGAAGAGGACGACUACUGGGAUGAGGAGAAAGAGCGAGGGGCAGACAGUGACGGGGAGCCGAGUGGGGAGGCGGCAACGGGCGUGCAAAAGAAAGGUGUGACUGGGAAAACACAGUGAGAGAGACACGAUGAUGGUGCUUCCUCCUUCAGAUCACUGAGCCCUCGCCCAGGAUUAUCUCCUCCCAGAAACCGCACAGAAUUAGGCUCUUAUACAACAGCGGUGUUGCAUACAGCACAUAUUUACAUAUACUGUACAUGUUGACUCAAAGGAAAAUGUGUUCAAUUCAGUAUAGGAAGCAAUGAGUGGGAGAAGCAAAAGCACUAAAUGUCAGUGGGUUGAGGAGAGCGCCAUGAAAAAUCACUGUGCCAAAAUGAGACUUUCUAAAAGAUAUUUCCAAGGUGUUUUGUCUACCCAAAGAGGAACAAGCGGUGGUGGACAGAAGAAAAUGCACUCCUCUGCUAUCUAUAAGGGCUAUGCUUUGUAUAAAAUUGAUAAAAAAAAUAAUGAAAAUACAUUGCAACAACAGAACUCUAUGUGGUGUUCAUUAGCCGCAGAUGUCUUCUCAGAAUUCCUUUUAUUACUAUACAGAGAUAUGCUACUUAUUUUUUUAUUGUAUGGUUUUUCUAAGCAUGUACACAUUUCUGUUCUUCCUUUAUGCCUGUUUGUGGGACUUUGUGUUGCUUUUUGUAUAUUUUUCACUCAGUCCCGCUCAUAUUUGACUGGACAUAUGUGUGUUUUUUUUAAGCUUGUCUUAAAUUUUAUGCAUUUCAGCUUUAUUGAAAACAGUAAAAAGCAAUAGUAAAGAUAGUAAAGAGAGCAAUAGCAAAGAGAGAGCAGGACUCAAAACUCACAAUGUAACAAGCACAUGGUAUGGAAAUCUCUGAAACAUCUGAAUGAGAAGAACAACUUAUACUGUAAUUUAAGCUCUGGUGCUUGUGAGCCAAAUACGAUUCUUAACAAAGAAUGCAAAAUAAAUGCAGCAACAUAUCCCCAUCUUUUGGCAAAAACACACACUCACAGGGAUUUUUUAAAAAUACUUAAGAAUCUGCAGGGUAGAUUUAAUGUCAUCACACAUCUCAGGAUCAGGGCUACGUCUCACCUGUCAAUACAAUAUAUUAAGAAAACUGUUCUUCUUCAACAUACUACCCCCAUCUUUCAACAAACAUUCUUACACCGAGGAGUAGGGAUCAUAACAAAUUGAAGUUGUUGUCCAUGCUGCACAUGCCCUUGGUGCAGCACCAGGUACCAUUAAGCCAUAAUAUUUUAAUUUUGUAAGCGUGAGCAAAUAAUCAUCCAAACAGACAUAACCCUUAAAAAAAGUUUACUUCAUAGAAAACCUCAGGUGUGCAUGUGUGUGUGUGCAUGAGAGUGUAACUGCGACCAUUUACCAACACACAGAGCGAUGUUGUCGAGAUAUGAUGUACCCGUCAUAACUGCCAUAAUUCAAGCAUUUAUCCAGAAGUCCAAUUCUCCUAAAAACGCACAUAAAAUAGGUUUUGUAGCAUAAAACUAAAUGUUAAGACUUCUGGUGGACAGUAGGAUAUUGAUGGCGAUGCAAGCUGACUAAGAAUCACAUGAUCAAUUGUAACUGAGGUUGCAGCCGUCCAACAUAAUUGAAAACAAAACCAAAGCUUUACAUCGGGCGACCUGUCUGCUGAAGCACAGGACGAUACUUUCAGAUGAUGUUUGUUCAUGUGUGCUGUAUCUAAUGAGUGAUGCGAAACAUGGAUUUUGUAAAAUAAAUACUUAAUAUUUUGUUUUU